AUGGGCUCCGAGGGAUGCGGCCUGCCGAUGGAGGCCUUCGCCGUCGCCUCUCGCUCUUCGGAAUCAGCGUCCACCGGCGACUACGCCGCCGCCCCGGCCAGCGGGUCGGUGGACAUACCCGUAGCAGACGACAGCAUGGCGAUCCCCCCCGGCCAGUGCCGCCUGUGGCUGAUGGCCGCCCCGCCCGUCGGCUCCGUGGCCACCCAGGGCCUGCGGCCGGGGAUGGAGGACGCCGGAACGGUGGUGGAGAACCUUCUCGAAGCGCCGCUCCUUUUCCGCCCCGGCGAGAGCGUGGUGCCCCCGGCGGUCGAGGGCGGGCUGUCCGGGCUGUGGGAUGCGGCCAGGCCGGGCCGCUCGGCCGACACGGUGCCGAGGCGCGUGGAGGCGAGGUUCCUGUUCGCGGGCGUCUACGACGGCCACGGCGGGGCGGAGGUCUCCAGGGAGCUCGCCGGAAAGCUGCACCAGUGCCUGCGAUUGCAAUUCGCCCGGGCUCUUGCCAGAGAGGAAGAGUCAGGAUCCGGGGGCGGGGGGUGGGGCGGGGGCCACCCGGGGCUGGGGCUGGAAGCCGUGGCGCAAGCCGUGCAGGCGGCGUUUCACAUGAUGGACAGGAGCCUGGACGAGGCGCUGGGGGAGGCGCAGAGCGUGGGGAGCACGGCGGUGGUGGCGCUGGUGAGCCGCUGGCACGUGUGCCUGGCCAACUGCGGGGACUCGCGGGCGGUGCUGUGCAGGUCGCGGGCGGCCUACAGGAUGACGCGGGACCACAAGCCGGACAUGGAUGACGAGCGGGAGCGCAUAGUUCGCAAAGGUGGCAUGGUGGUGGAUCUCAAUGGCCCAAGGGUGAUGGGGAUGCUGGCCAUGUCCCGGGCGCUCGGCGACCACUGCUUGAGGUCUGCGGGCGUUGUGCCAGAUCCAGAGAUCACCAUCGUCGGCCGCAGCCCUGGGGACGAGUUCCUGGUGCUGGCCACCGACGGCCUGUGGGACGUCGUGUCCGACGAGGAGGCGUGCAGCCUGGCCAGCAGGUGCUUCGAGCGCGCCAGCAAGCAGGACGGCCCCACAGAGACGGCCGCCCGGGUGGCGGCCAGAGUGCUCAUGAAGGCGGCCAUGGACAGGGGCUCCCGGGACAACAUCACCGUCACGGUCAUCGACCUGCGUUACAACAAUCAGCCGCAGGAGUAG